CAAAGGAUUCACUUUUGGGGUCUUUGCGGCUUUCCAUGUCAGCGCAUGGAGGGGCAGGGAGGUUUCCCUCUCUGCUUCAGGCUUUCCUCAUUUGCACAUGGAAGGGCAGACAGAAUGCUGCUCUCAUGGAUUGCAAUAAGACAGAGCCUCGAGGAUAUCGGUUAUGUGGCUGUGGAUGUUUUCACAACUGGAAAAAAGGAUGGCUUUCAAAGAACUCUCAUCCUCCUCUUCACCUGUAGCUUCUCUAGCCUCCUGCUGAGCUCCCUGCUCCUCCUGUACCUCCUCUUCACCCUGAACUAUGAGCUAGCAGUGGCUGGAGGGAUUGCUGCCUGCUUUGGGACACUACUCACAGUUGCCCUCUUCCUAUCAAAAAGAGUAAGGUGCUUAGGGACACUAUUUGUGAUCUCAAUUUUCAUGAAGAAGAGUCGGAACCUGCUCCUCACCGCUGGGACCAGUUUAGUAGUUCUUAGAAAUAUCCGCAACACCUUGGAGAACCUCACAGGCCUGGUCGGGAGUAUGAUUUGCAAUCUGAAGGCCAAGAAAGCAGCCAUCAUCUCUCCGUUCAGUAACUACGUCAAGUUGUUGAAGUGGCUGGGGAACAUGCUCAAGGGGGUUACAGAUUUGGGGGUGGUGAACCUUGACUCCAAACUCAAGGUUUCACCCAGACUGGAAUCAGAAAAACUGAAGGGGAAACUCACUGAAGCAGAGCAGCAGCUGAACGAGACUGUGAAGUAUGUGCAGUACCUUAUGAGUACAGUCUCCUCUGUGACCGAUAAGAUGUUUCCUGCCAUCAGCUUCCUCGUGCUCAUGAUGUUUAUAGCGCUGCACAUAAAAAAAUACUGCAAUGACAUGAAAUACCAAAACAGGUUUGUGAGCAGCAGAUUUGUUCGCUUUGACGAGAAGCAGAAGGCGGAAGGAAAGCCCCACGUCCUCCCACUCACACCAGAGGAAGAAAAGCUGUACACCGCUGUCCCCUCCGCCCGUCCCACCACCAGAGAGGGGAGAGCUAUGCUGAAAUUUGGUAUUCCAGUUGUCUCCCAUUUUGUAUCUUGGGUCAUAUUUAUAACUGUGGAUGCCUUAUUGUACUGCUUUGUUGAUAUUGUAACAACAAAGCUAUCAGAGCUGGAACCAUUCCACGUCCCGCUGUUAAUGAGCAUCAAAGGGAUUGCAACUUUGAUAGGUAUACCAUUUGGUGAGGAAACCCAUCAAAAAGACUUUUCCUACUCUGUGACCCUAUUUGAGAAGCAAUGUCUUCCUAAACCCAAGCUGCUGCUCUAUAACUCUGUCGUCCCUUUGGCUGCCAUCCUGCUCACACUGCUCAUUAUGGCUCUGAUGGCUGCCAAAGUGGCCCAGCUCAGGCUGAUGGUCUGUGAGCAGUUCUUCUCCACCGCUGCGGAGCAGAGAGUGCAAUACCUGCACGCCAAAAUUCUGAGGAAGAGAUUAAAAAAGAGGAAGGAGAAAAACAACUGCAGCUCCACAUCACUCUAUUUUAAGGUGCAUUUCUGGUGCCCGCUGCUCUUCAGGCCCAAAGAGGAUCCGCAAAGUAUCGUGUGAGGAAGUUAUUCUUUCUGCUACAUAAAUUUUUUAUUCUGUGAAUGACAAAGCAUACGAAAACACACUGCAGCAUUGUGCUGCACUAUUUUAGGAUCUGUUCAAGGCUUUUUAAUAGUACUGACUGUAAUAUUCCG